UAUUUUUUUUUAUUCAAAUCAUAUGGUUAAAUAAAUUCAUGAAUUUUUUUUGUUGUUGAUUAAAUUUAUCAUCAAUUUUGUUAAUCAAUCAUACAAUUUGUAAAUUUCAUAAUCAUGACUGAUCGUUACAAUAUUCAUUCACAAUUAGAACAUUUACAAUCCAAAUAUAUUGGAACUGGACAUGCUGAUACGACCAAAUUCGAAUGGAUGGUCAAUCAACAUCGUGAUACUUAUGCAUCAUAUUUAGGUCGUCCGGAUAUGUUGACAUUUUUUGCUAUCGCUGAAAAUGAAUCAAUUGGUCGUGUUAAAUUCAAUAUGAUGGAAAAAAUGUUACAACCUUGUGGUAUUAAUCCGGAAAAGCCUGAUGAUUGACGUAAUGAUUCGCUGUUUUUUUUUCAAUCCAUAAUUCAAAUAUCUAUCUUUUUUUUCAUCAUCAUCAUCAUUUCACAGUUUUACUGAUUGAUAAAUUGAU